AUGCGGUUGUGCUGGGCUAACGGGCUGUGCUGCCAGGUCAUCGGCAGUGUCGUCGCCCUCGUCGUGAUCAUCGCACUGGCCGUCGGUCUUGGUGUCGGUCUCUCGCGCAACAACAAGUCCUCUUCCUCUGGCAGCAAGGGCGGAGCGACCAACCCCGAGUCGUCAGACUCGGUCGGCAGCGACCCGUCCAACUUCGUCAAGGACGACCGCUUGCACCAGUCCUUCUACGGCAUUGCUUACACGCCGGAGGGCUCGAUCAUGCCGAACUGUGGCGCUACGCUUGAGAAUGUCAUCAAGGAUAUCCAGCUUAUGUCGCAGCUAACGAAGCGUGUGCGCUUGUAUGGCGCGGACUGCAACCAGUCGGCGCUUGUGCUGGAGGCCAUCCAGCAGACCAAGGUCGAUAUGCAAGUGUACCUCGCCAACUACGACGUUCCUGGCGACUCGGACGCGUAUACGCGCCAGCGUGAUACCCUCAAGGAGGCGAUCCAGACCUACGGCACGGACCAUAUUGCGGGCAUCACCGUGGGCAACGAGUACAUCCUCAACUACCUCAACGACAAUGGCGGCACGGACCCCAAUGACUCUGUCGGCAACGCGGGCGCCAAGCUUCUCAUCGCCGACAUCGAUGACACCAAGCAGAUGCUGAGCGACCUUGGCGUCGACCUCCCGGUUGGCAACUCUGAUGCGGGCAGCUACUUCAACGACCAGGUCCUUGAGAGCGUUGACUACGGCAUGUCGAACGUUCACGCUUGGUUCGCGAACACCACGGCGGAUGACGCAGCAUCAUGGGUGUUCUCGUUCUUCGAGGAAACCAACGUCGAGCCCGCGUCGCAGCUGAGCAACAAGCCGCAGAUGUACAUUGCGGAGACUGGCUGGCCGACGAAAUCGUCUGACGAGGGCAAUGCCAACAACGGUGCUAGCGAUGCAUCCGUGGCCAACCUUCAGAUCUUCCUUGACGACUUUGUCUGCCAAGCGAACGCCAACAACACUGGCUACUUCUUUUUCGAGUUCUUCGAUGAGGAGUGGAAGGAUGAGAUGUACGGCGGCGUUGAGGGCUGGUGGGGUCUCUUCACGAAGGACCGCCAACUCAAGGACCUGACGAUCCCCGACUGCGCGGCGCCCUAAGCGUGCCAACCUGCUCGUUAUAUAUUGGUCUGCCGCUCCGUUCGUCCCCCCUCCCCCACUUUCCCUGCCUGCCCCAUCCCACCCCGCUUUAUGUGACAGUCAUCGCACCGCUAUUCCACCGCUAAGCAGACUUUCCGUACUUGCACACGAUUAAUUUUUCGUCCUGUCUAUACGGCCUAUCCGCAUGCUAUCCUCCCGCCCACCUUAAUGACUACGUACGCGCGGUUGCUGGUGACGUGUGUGGUUGCUUUCUGCUCCUGCAGCUGCAUGACUGUACUUGCUGCUGCACUCGCUCGCCUGCUGGCCACCGCGUUUACGUGCUCGCCCGCUACUAUACGCGCUCGAUCACUUGCUAUUCCAACGGACAUGCUUCGAGAGUUACAGGUUCCUACUCUCAGCUAUCAGACUCGCUUUGUACACGGACUUUCGGGCAUUGUAUGGGUACCACGGUAUACAUCGAAUGGGAACCAUUGAAUGG